CAAGUUUCACCCCGCUCCUCCACGAGCCGGGAGCCGAGAUCCACAUUCCGACACAAGACUCUCACUGGCUUUAAAAAAAAAAAAAGUGUUUCAUUUCUCACCCGAGGAGCUGAGGAUCAUCAUCAGUUAACGCCGGCGAUGUCUGGAUCCUACUGCAAAAGUUUGUACCCGUUCAGCGGGGAGCAGCACCAGCAGGGACUGAGCUUCGAGGCCGGGGAGAUUAUUAAGGUGGUCCAGGCUCUGCCCGGAGGCUGGUGGGAGGGAGAGAAGGAUGGAGCCAGAGGAUGGUUCCCCUCCAGUUAUGUCCAGGUGCUGGAGAGGACGGCAUCUCUGAGUCAGCUACCUGUGGAGGACCUCAGAGACCCCCUGCCUCCUCACUGGAAAUGCUACAUGUCUCCACAGGGACGGCGAUAUUAUGUCAACACCACAAGCAAUGAGACGACGUGGGAGAGACCGUCCAGCGUACCUGGGACCCCCAAAUCCUCAAUCCGACACAAGAACUCUUUGCCAGCAGUCAAUGGAUUUCACUCAGGUGGUAGUCCCUUGCAUCAUGUGGAGCAUUCACACAACAGUCUGGUUAGGAAGAGCAGCACAGAGCCACAGAGCCCGGGAUCAACGUCGCCUACCAGGAAACAGAACAAGGAGACCACGUUCACGAUUAACUGUGUGACGUUCCCGUCGCCUUCAUGUAUGCCUGAGCAGCAGCUGCUGAAACCAAGCGAAUGGAGCUACUGUGACUACUUCUGGACUGAUAAGAAGGAUCCCCAAGGCAACGGCUGCAUCACAGGAUUUGAGGUUUUGCUGCAGAAACAGCUGAAGGGGAAACAGAUGCAGAAAGAGAUGGCCGAGUUCGUACGAGAAAGGAUAAAAAUAGAAGAGGAGUACGCCAAGAAUCUCUCCAAGCUCUCCCAGAUCCCUCUAGCAGGCCAGGAAGAAGGGACUCUGGGGGAGGCUUGGGCCCAGUUGAAGAAGAGUCUGGCAGAUGAAGCUGAGGUUCACCUAAAGUUCUCCUCAAAGCUCCAGAGUGAAGUGGAGAAGCCUUUGCUGACCUUCAGGGAGAACUUUAAGAAGGACAUGAAGAGGUUCGACCACCACAUCGCAGACCUGCGGAAGCAGCUGGUCGGUCGCUAUGCAGCAGUGGAGAAGGCCCGCAAAGCUCUGGCCGACAGACAGAAAGAGCUGGAGCUGAAGACUCAGCAGCUGGAGAUCAAACUCAGCAACAAGAUCGAGGAAGACAUCAAGAAGGCCCGCAGGAAAUCCACACAAGCAGGAGACGACCUGAUGCGCUGCGUCGACCUUUAUAACCAGUCCCAGUCCAAAUGGUUUGAGGAGAUGGUCACCACAAGCCUGGAGCUGGAGCGGCUGGAGGUGGAGCGGGUGGAGAUGAUCAGGCAGCAUCUGUGUCAGUACACCACCCUGCGGCACGAGACGGACAUGUUCAACCAAAGCACGAUGGAGCCAGUGGACCAGCUCCUGCGAUGCGUGGACCCGGUCAGAGACAGAGAGCUGUGGGUGCGGGAGAAUAAGACUGGAGAGAUCAGGCCUGUGGACAUAGAGAUCUGAUCUCAGUGCUGAAGGUUGGCUCUGCAGUAGCACACACAGACACUCUGACCCAGAGCCUGCAUGCCUGACUGGGAGACUGCCUCCACAUGUGACUCCUAACAGACUGAGGGACGGACGAGCAGUCACUGGCUCUGCACCUGCUGGGGAUGAUGUCAGUAUUUGGGCAGUUUAGUUGGAGCUCUGAGGGAUGAAUGAAGAUGUCAGGUAGCGAUGAGUUGUAAUUUUCUGUGAUGCAAACUGACGGCCGGCUAAAACAGCACAGGACAGUGGGAACCGUGAGAGUGAAUUCUUUGCUAAAGGACACUGAGCUGGGGCACAUGAUGAAGAGGCACCACCGGUGAACAUCUAACGUGUGUAAAUGUUGAAUAGCUUUAUGUCCUGCUGCCGUUUUGCUGCGGUUUGUUUGUGCUUUUGCUCUGUGAGGUAAUUCUCUGAUCCACCUGUGUGUCGAUGCACAUGUGGCUCCUGGACUGCGAGUGAUUUAACAGAUGCUGCUAAGCUAAAUGCAUUCUGACCUGAGAGUGUUAUAUUACUGUGCACCAGAGCAAGGUAAGAGUAUUUUAAUAUUAAUACCAACCAUCAUGUACAAGUACUGACCUUUCGAUAAGCCCCUCCCCUGUGACUUACCUGUUGCUACGCCUGUCAAGCUGACUCUGACAGCACACACAGUUUACCAAAAGAAAGCAGUGUAUAAAGAUAAAGAUGGCAGAUUUACCAAGCACUGUGUGUGUGUGUUUAUUAGUGGCCUACGUAUUAUACAGUAUUAUAAAUAUGUUUCUUGGAAAUUUGUAGAGAUCAGUGUUUUAAUGUGACCAAUGAGUGUAUCAAAUAUAACACUGUCCAGGUCCAAGUGUAAACAGUGGAUGUUUCAGUCCUCAGCAGGUAGCAGCCUGUAAUCCCACAUCACAGAGAGCUAAUGACCGGCUCCUUACCACUGGAAAUAAUGUUAGGUCACUAUUAUGGGUGGUAAGCUAAGUUAAGUCUGGGAUGCAAAUGUUUGUGGCUUACAUUAAACCAGAGAAACUCAUUGUUUGUUACAUCCCUCACACGUUUACCUUUUUGUUUUUGGUUUUGGAUAAGAACAGACCCUCCUCUCAAAAAAAAAAAGCAAAAACCAAAAAAACGUAUUUAGAAACCAAGUACUGUUCUUAUUAGAGUCUCGUAGACUGUGUAAGCAUGUUACAAAACCCAAAGCUUGACAGGCCGGGCUAACGUACAUCACAGAUCUGGCUACUUAGCAUCUCUGAAAGAAAAUCAUCAUCUAUAGCUCAAGAACACUCAGUUUCUUUUCCACCUGUUGUUUUCUUCACUCCUAAUAAGAUCUUUUUUUUUUUUUUAAUCAUCCGAUUGCACUUUAUACCCAAGUGAUUUUUAAUGAAUAAACUGUAAGUCGCUGUUCAUAUGAAAAAUAUUCUAAAGAGAACUGUUCCUCCUUUUAUUAGUAAUGGAGGCGAAAGUGUUUUGGUUGUGUUCAGGGUGGCCUGGUGUAAAUAUAUGACGCGUGUGUGAUUUGCCAUGAAAAGGAGACAGUGGAGUGAAAGUAAAUAGUAGAAUAUUACACAGACGUAUGAUAUGCAGACACUUGGUACAGAUAAUAUAUGAAAUAUACAGAGUGUUUUAUAGGCAGGAGAAGUGACUCUCUCUCCUCUGAGACUCUACAGCUCAGCUGCUUCAGUUCAGUGCUGCUGCCUGCAGAAGCUAAAUGUUGUACAAAAAAACGUCUCUUUUACAACUAAGUCUUAUCUGGUAUUUCUGCUUCGUAUUACUUAGCCACCGAGAGACGAGGGUUGGGGUGUUUUUGUACAUUAACAGCUAAAGGUUGGCCUUUUUCAUUAAUAAAACGAAAAUCUGUAUCAUA